CUAGGGUUUAUCCAAAAAGUAAUAUUAAUUUUUGAAAUGUAAUGUCACAGUGAUGUUUAUUUUUGAAAUGCAACAUUGAUUGACGGGAGUAAUGAAAUGAGAAAUAAGUUCGUUCUUUGCGUCUUGUUCUGGAUCAAAAGAAUGUGUUUCAUUAGCUUUUAAUUAUUAUUAUUUUUUCUAGAUAUUUAGUGCUUUUACAUUUGUUUUUGCAUCUAGUUAAAAGGGCUCCGUCUCGUGCUUAACGCCCAGUGCAAGUUGAACCAUUAUGAGAGCAUACUCGACGUCCAUUGACAUUCACCGCUGCAGCAGCAGAUCAUACGGCUCGUUUCUCACCAUCGACCAUCUCACUAACCUCCUCGCCGCUUGCAACCUCACCCGACCCUCGAAUCCAUACCAUGCCCACCAGAUCCACUCCCUCCUCCUCACGUCCAACCUCCUUCCCUCUCCACUCCUCCACGCCCAGCUCAUCGACCUUUACGCCAACUCCGGACAGCUCCACCGCGCCCUCCUCAUCUUCGCCGACGUCCGCCGCCACUCCAGCGUCGUCGCCUGGACGUCCGUGAUCGCCCACAUCUCCCGCUCCCGCCGGCCCCUCGACGCCCUCUCCCUCUUCGCCCAGCUCCACGCCUCCGUCGCCCCCGCUCCCAACUCCCACACCUUCUCCGCCGUCCUUCCCGCCUGCGCCGCCGCCGGCGCAGACCGCUUCGGCAGCCAGGUCCACGCCCUCGCGCUCCGGUACGGCGCCGCGGCAGCCGUCUACGUCGCCAGCGCCUUGACCGACAUGUACGCGAAGUGCGGCCGCGUCGAGGAUUUCCGAAAGGUGUUUGAUGAAAUGGCUGUGAGGAACCUCGUCUCUUGGAACGCGUUGAUUGUGGGGUUCGUCCGCAACAAGCUGUACUGCGACGCGAUGGAGGCUUUUCGCUCGUUGUUGAACGAUGAUGGGUCCUUGACCCCAAAUCAGGUGAGCUUCUCCAGCGUGCUGAACGCGUGCUCAAAUGCGUUCAGCAUCGGCUUCGGGAGAGCGGUGCACGGCCUGGCAGUUAAGCUUACGGUGGAGUCAUCUUUGGCCUAUGUGAGGAACUCGCUCAUUGACAUGUACAACAAAUGUGGGUGCUUGGAAGAAGCUGCAAAGGUGUUCGACAGAUGCUCCGACAGAGAUGUUGUGACUUGGAAUGUUAUGAUGAUGGGUUGGAUCGAAAGUGAUUGCCCCGAAGGUGCUUGUGGUUGUUUCCUACAUAUGAUGCAAGAGGGAGUUUCCCCAGAUGAAACCUCCUUUUCUACCUUACUCCAAGCUUUGGCCAUGCUAGCUUCAUGGGGUCAGGGUGCUGCAGUCCAUUCCUUGAUAGUGAAAACCGGGUGCACCCAAAACCAAUGUGUUGGGAGUUCCUUAAUCACCAUGUAUGCAAAAUGUGGUAGCUUGGAAGAUGCAUAUCGGACCUUUGACGAGGCAAAGGACCAGUUAAAUGUGGUCACUUGGACAUCCAUGAUAACAGCUUUCCAACAAUAUGGGCAUGGAUACAAAGUGAUCAAACUGUUUGAUGAAAUGAUGGAUUUGGGGAUCGAGCCAGACUACAUCACAUUCGUUAGUGUUCUUUCAGCUUGCAGCCACAAUGGGCUUGUCGACCAGGGAUUCAAGUACUUCUACUCCAUGUCUCAGGUCCAUAAAAUGGCACCCGGAAGCGAGCACUAUGCUUGCAUGGUAGACUUGCUUGGACGAGCUGGCCGUUUGGAUGAAGCAACACAAUUCAUUGAUGCAAUGCCAAUACAGCCUGAUUCAUCUGUGUGGGGUGCUUUGCUUGCAGCUUGUAGGAAGUUUAGGAACUUGGAACUCGGUAGCAAAGUGGCACAAAAGCUCUUUAGGAUUGAACCUCAUAACUCUGGCAACUAUGUAUUGCUUUCGAACAUGUAUGCAUCCAAUGGAAUGUUGGAAGAAGCUAAAGAGAUCAGGAGACUAAUGCAAUCCAAUGGGGUGAGGAAGGAGACUGGAUGCAGCUGGAUAGAUGUAUCAAACAAGACGUUUGUUUUCACAGCACAUGACCAAUCACACCAGGCUACAGAGCAGAUAUAUGGGAUGUUAGAGAGGUUGAAGGAGCUGGUGAAGGCCAAAGGGUAUGUGCCUGAUACCCAAUUUGCUGUUAAUAAUGUGGGGGAGCAGAACAAAGAGCAGAAUAUGUGGUAUCAUAGUGAGAGGCUAGCACUUUCAUUUGGGCUAAUAUGCUUACCCCUGAAUGCCCCCAUUCGAAUUAAGAAGAAUCUGAGAACCUGUGGGGAUUGCCACACAGUAAUGAAGCUUGUUUCAGAGAUUUUCAGACGAAAGAUCAUCCUGAGAGAUAUAAAUCGAUUCCACGAGUUUGCCGGUGGUGUGUGUUCUUGCAGGGAUUACUGGUAAAGGUUUGGAAUCAUGGAAAGUACAACUGUAAAUACUUCAGCGGCCAUUAUCUGCUGACCAGUGCACAAGAAAAGAAGAGUUCAUGUUAUUUCAAGCAUUAUUAUAACAUAGUUUAGGAUGGGAGUGCACCAUGAACCAUGUUGGAUUAGAUACUUUUGUGUUCAUAUAACAUUCAAGGAUUUUGAGAUUUUGGUUGAGUUCGACGCUUUUGCUUAUCAUGUUGCUUGUCGAGCGACGGGCAUUGAGGAUUGGUUCUCCAAGGUUGUCAAAUCUAAUUCACUUAAAACAACUAUUGAUAUCGGAUUAAUUCACAACGAACUAUUGAUAAAUUGUGCACUUGUUAAUUUAGAUGUUACUGGAGUAUUUUGUUUGUUUGUUUUUAUGUUAUUCACGAUGUAAUUUGGAACAAUGUAAGAAGGAUAUUUUGUAUGUUUUCAACCCC